CGCGGCAAUGUUCUCACGAACACGCUCUGUUCUUCAUCUUCUUCCCAACUCCCAUGUAAAAAAUUCAAUCUCUUUAUUCUGUUCUCAACACCAACAACAAUUGCUUCAAAUCUUUCAACUCCUUCAAUCAUUAACAAACCAAGGUCACAUAAAACCCGCUCAAAAAAUAUUCAAAUCGCUUCUUCUCUCCAAUACCCAUUACUAUUUUCCUUCACAAAUUCACUCACUCAUUUCCAAACCCAUCUUUCUACAAACCCUAAUUCCCUUUUGUUCCAAUCCCAAUACUCUCAACAGAGUCAUUCGAUUGUUCUAUUCGAUGAAAAACGACGGAUUUCUCCUUCCCAUUUAUUUACUCAACCGUAUUCUACAAACUCUUGUUGAUUCUCACCAGUUUGAAAUAGCUCUCACUCUUUUUAUCGAUGUUGUUCAAUCAGGUAUUCGACCCAGUGCUUUUUCUUAUGGUAAAGCUUUUCAUUCUGCUCUUCAUUCUGCUGUUAAGUUGAACUAUUUAAGUUGUCAAAAGUUGAUUGAUUCAAUGGAGAAAGAUAGGAUUAUUAGUCCUUUUGUUUAUGUGUAUAAUUUGGUAUUGGGUGGGUUGUGUAAAGCGAAGAAAAUUAAGGAUGCACGGAAGGUGUUUGAUGAAAUGAUUUAUAGAAAUGUUGUUCCUAAUACGGUGACUUAUAAUACUAUUAUUGGUGGGUAUUGUAAGGUGGGUGAAAUAGAGGAAGCUUUGCAGGUGUUUGAUGAAAUGAUUCGUAGAAAUGUUGUUCCUAAUACGGUGACUUAUAAUACGGUUAUUGAUGGGUAUUGUAAGGUGGGUGAAAUAGACAAAGCUUUUAGCUUGAAAGGUAGGAUGAAGGCUCCUUAUUCGGAGCCGAAUCUUGUUACUUACAAUUGCUUGUUAAAUGGUCUUUGUAGUUUGGGGAGAUUGGAAGAUGCUAGGAGUGUGUUGUUGGAGAUGGAGGGGAAGGGUUUUUUGCCUAGUGGGUUUUCGUAUCUUGUAUUCGAUGAUUAUUUAGCUUGUGGAAACGAAAACGGUUUGCUGGAUGGAAAUGGAACAAGUGUUGAUGAGCGUACUUAUAGUGUUCUGUUGAAUGGACUGUGCAGGGUAGGAAGGGUUGAAAAGGCUAAAGAGGUUUUGGAUAAGCUAGAAGCUAAUGGAGUUAUUCCAAGUCAUAUAUCAUAUAACAUAUUGGUGAAUGCUUAUUGUCAAGAGGAUGACUUGAAUAAAGCGAUAUUGACAGCUAAAGAAAUGGAACAACGGGGGUUGAGGCCUAGUUAUGUCACCUAUAAUACCCUAAUUAACAAGUUCUGUGAAACUGGGGAGUUGUUGGACCAGGCACAAAGAUGGGUUGAGAAAAUGAUAGAGAAGGGUGUUUCUCCCACUGUGGAGACUUAUAACUCUUUGAUUAAUGGUUAUGGAAUGGUGUGUAAUUGGGACAGGUGUAACAAGAUUCUUGAGGAAAUGGAAGAGAAAGGGAUAAAGCCUAAUGUCAUAAGUUAUGGUUCUCUGAUAAAUUGUCUGUGCAAAUAUCGUAGGCUUCGUGAUGCUGAAAUUGUGCUUGAUGAUAUGGUAUGCCACGGUGUUUCCCCAAAUGCAGAAAUAUAUAAUAUGCUCAUUGAAGCUAGUUUCUCAUUGAGUAAACUGACUGACGCCUUUAUAUUUUUCGAUGAAAUGGUAAAAAAUGGAAUAGAUGCAACUCUUGUGACAUACAAUACACUGAUAAAUGGACUCGGAAGAAAUGGAUGGUUAAAAGAUGCUGAGUAUUGGUUUCUCCAAAUUACCGAAAAGGGAUAUAAUCCAGAUGUGAUUACAUACAAUUCCUUAAUGUCAGGAUAUGCAAUGUCAGGAAAUACCGCGAAGUGCCUCGAAUGGUACGGUAAAAUGAAGAAGAGGGACAUAAAACCUUCAAUUGGAACUUUUCAUCCAUUGAUCUAUUCAUGUAGGAAGGAAGGUAUAGUGGCGAUGGAGAAAAUGUUUCAAGAAAUGUUAGCAAUGGGUUUGAUUCCAGAUCGAGCUGUAUAUAAUGAAAUGAUUUAUGGUUAUGCUGAAGAUGGAAAUGUUCUGAAGGCAACAUCUAUGCACCAACAAAUGGUUGAUCAGGGAGUUGAUUCCGACAAGGUGACCUACAACUGCUUGAUUCUAGCACACCUUAGAGAUAGAAGGGUCUCAGAAAUAAAACAUCUUUUUGAUGAUAUGAAGGCAAAGGGACUGGUUCCAAAAAAUGAUACAUAUAAAAUUCUGGUUAAGGGACAUUGUGACUUAAAAGAUUUCAAUGGUGCAUAUUUUUGGUAUAGGAAAAUGUUUGACGCCAAGUUCAUUUUAAAUGACCGCAUCCGCUACCAGCUGAUAUCUGGGCUUAGCGAAGAGGGAAUGUUACGUGAAGCCCAAAUUGUAUCCUCAGAAUUGAGUAGUAGAGUUCAACAACUUGAAGGCUAACAAAUAAUACACACCCUUGUACAAUAUCAAACUUUACCAUUUUUGGUAAGGGAAUGCUUAUUUUUACGAAGGUGGGUUGUAAACAAAACACGUGAAUGGCAUGGAUUCUCAUUCUCUGUCCUCUGUAUUUAUUUAUUUUCUCUUAAAAUCAAAAUCGAAGACAGAAGAAACAGGGAAUUAAGCACAGCAUCACCAUCUGCCUCUAUCGCAACAACACUGUAUCCAACCUCAUAUUAUUACUGGCCUUUCUGAUGCGAAGGCAACGAUGCCUGAUUUCCGGUUGAUGCCGAGGUUUGUCUUUCGAAUGUUUAUGCAGAGUGUUCAAUCGGUGGGGGGGGAAGGCACGUGAGGCGGUGAUUGGUACCUGGAGAAGCUCUGUUGGCCCUUUGGGAGCUGUUGGUCGACGAAGAAACGACGGCAGUGAGGGAAUUUUAUCGAAUUAAGUUAACUUGCAUACUGAUAUUAUAUAAGUUCCCUCAAAUUUAACUGUUUUCCUUGUUGCUUGUAAAGUAACAAUUUUGUCCCUCGGAGCAUCAUGUAUAGUAUAGCAUUGAUUCGCAACUUGGAGUACUAAUUUGCAACCAGUUAGGGGCAUCACAAUUAUUACCUCACAUGUUGGAGCAGCUUGGUUUAAUAACAUCUAUGUGCUUUGUUAACAGCAGUUAAACUUAGACUGUGCUAUUAACAUCUAUGUUAGGUGGUGGAUUGUAAGCAACCUUCUGAUUUUUCCGGGGAUGUUUGGUUAGGAUAUAUACCAUCACUUAUUCAAGAACAUUAUCUGUCCUACCGGUUUUGGUCUUCUGGUUAAUGUACCUGUGGCUGGGACUGUGUUGGCUUUCUCUUCGUGUGAUGUUGCUUGAGAUGUAUUAAGAGGUAUGUACUCUACACUGCCUUCAUUUUGACAGAUAGGAAAACCAGUUUCACGCAUCUUCUUGUUGGGAUAUGGUCAUAUGGCAGCAGUUAUGAAGCAAUGCAGCUUAAAAUGUUUCAAAAUAAUUGCAUGUUGUUAUUGUACUUGUGUGCUGAAACAUUUUAUUUGUAUUGCAGCCUUUGAAUGAUAAAUGCAGUAGAAAUAUAUCUGUUGUACAGUUCGAUUUACUAUCUCUUAUAGUUCAAAAAUUGAAAUGAAGAAUGAUGAAUACUUCUAAGAUAAACAUGGAAAACCAAAAAGCGGAGAAGGCCAGUUUCAGAGCAGAUUCACAAACAGAAAAUCAAUGACAGAAAAUAGGACUAUCACAGUCUCCAGCAGACAAAAGGCAGCAGAUAACUCAGCUUGAAGCGCCAGCAAAAAACAUCAGCACCCAUGGAUGGCCUUUUCUCAACAUUAUUCCUAACUCGUUUUAACAAUAGUGUUUACUAAUUACUAUAUGAGCUCAAAAUUUCAUUCAUGUUUUAGUAAAUAAAACAUUUCACUGCUGAAUUUCAAAAAGUAAAGUGACAAAUCUUUAGCUUAA